GCCGCUAAUUUGCAACCCCCUCCCCCAUUCUCCAAACUUGUUCCGAUGACGUGAGGUGGCUAGGAAAAAUUAAAUCAUCUUCUAUUUCAUUCGUCCAUCAUUUAAUCACACUCGUUCUCUACCUGCCUCAACCCUAUUCUUAGUAUCACGCUUAAUUAACGAGGCAUAUUCUGGUCUUCACAAUGCCAAUUGCUACAAGGUCUUUAAUAAGAGCUUCUAGGCUCGGUUCGCUCAUGCGACAACCUCAAACACCUCGUGUCUUCUACUCGGGAGGCUCGAGACUACCCGGAGGCACUCCCGGCGAGUCUUCUUCAGACCAAGCGGUACCUCUAGGUCUCUACUAUGAAGCUGUCCUAAACAAGCCGCAACAACCUAUUCCUGACGUUAAGCCCGAAGAACCUCCUACUUCAUCGCAUAAAUCUCCCCGGAGUACGGUCAACAAGGCCCCCGCCAAUAAGUCACAGGAUAAAGCCACUCCAUCAUCAUCAUCCUCUGCUACUGGGCCGGAAACCUCCACAAAUCCGGCGACAGCACAAGAAAAGGCACGUAUUAUUUUUGGUUCGCGACUCGCCGGCCCAGCCGAGAGAGCCGAGCGCCUUGCAGCCAUCCGGAACCGCAGUACGCUAAUAGCCGGCGUCUUAGUCCCCCCGCGGCCCGAAGAGCCAGACAACUGCUGCAUGAGCGGAUGCGUAAACUGCGUCUGGGACCGCUAUCGGGAUGAGAUGGAGGAAUGGGCCAGCGCGUCUGAUAGAGCUGAAAAAGCUCUACAGGCCCAACAAGCGCAACGAGGAGAGCCAACUAAAGAGGUCCCAGACGUAGCCGAAAGUCCUCUUAGUGCCACAAGCGUAGAUGACGAUGGCGGCGGCAGCGAGACAAACUGGCAGCCGGACUUGAAGUUGGCCGAUCGACCCAAGAUUGCCAAGGACUUCUGGGAUGAUGAACUCUACAAGGACGUGCCGGUUGGCAUUCGAGAAUUCAUGAAGCAGGAAAAGAGAUUAAAAGAAAAACAUAUCAGGGAGGGUACUUUCGGCGCUUAGAGAAAGAUGACUACUACACCAUAUAUGCCACUGUGUCGAGCAAUAGAACAAUUCGCCAUAUAAUAGGUUUGCCUUCAAGUCGGCUCUGUGGAAUAUCCGAGAUCCUUUUUUUAUAAUUUUUUUAUUUGGCGUCUGGUUGAAGCGCCUAAGUCCUCGAUGCGUAUCGAGCUGCUCGUGGUGUCUAUCUAGCACGCAAUAUCUAUCCUACCUACCCGAAAAGAAAAGACUCGUGCCACGCCAUUUUUU